CUAUCCUAUCGGGACAGUCUUCAACAGAUUCUCGGUUUACAUCUCCGAACCAAAUCCGACCCGACUGCCCUCGUCGGAUCGUCGGACAGCACAUUCUCACUCUCACCGAAUCUGUUAUUGGAAUUCACUCAAGGUCAAUUGUUGCCCACACUUCGUCGUUAUCACAGUCGCGUGGGCGAUCCAUCAGAUGAGGUCACUUGGCGUCCAGAAGGUUAUCGUACUUUGACGCGAUCGACUGCUGAACUCUACUGUCGUGAAGUGAUGGACACAGUACUCUGAUCACACUCAUCCGCCGAAUCAACCAACCAGGAUAACACACCACUGAUCGGGUUGUUACCGAAUCUGAUGCGCGUUGGUCGUUUGUUCCUGGAAGGGCUACUCAAAGGUGCAAUGCCCCUGUUCACCACCCUAUUCCGUUAUCGCGGGAUAGAGGUAACCACUUUGUUGCGCAAUACGCAAUCACUCACGCGAUUCUUACAACGUGUUUGCACCCAUGCCAAGGCCUACCGGAAUGCUCGAUUGGCCAAUCAGAUUCCAUCUACACGCCGUUGUCUGGAAACGUUUGUGUAUCGUGUAAAAACCAUGCUGUCACAGAAUCAAUGCGCCGAGGCAUUCUGGCUGGGCACACUGAAGAAUCGUGAUUUGCAUGGUGUCGAAUUGCAAGACGAUUCACUUCUCUCGCGUCGUACCAGCUCCAGUUUGGUCAGUGGAAUCUGUUCACAAACGAGUCGAUCUGGUCGAGGCCGAAGGGGUGGUCGAGCUGGGGGGCCUGGUCGAAAACGUCCGACUCGUCGUCAAAAUGACGAUGUGAGCGGUAAUGGACGGACAGAUUUAAAUAGCGAUUCGGAUAGUUCUGACACAAGUGUUCACCGCCCUAGUAGUGGUCGGAGUGGUUUACAUCAACCGGAAGAAGAAUCAUCAGUGCGUGAUGUUUCGGUACGUCUUAAUCGAAUCACAGAUGAUAUGAUGCGAGACCAAGCGGUUGUGGAUCGUGAAGAUGAAGUUGAAGACGCUUCAGAGGAUGAGGAUUCGUCCGAAGGUCCAGUCGAUGAAGCUGAUGUGGAAACUGUCGCGGAUGACGAUGAGGAAAACGAGAUGGGCGAAGAGGCAGAGGAGGAAGAGGAGGAGGAGGAGGACCUUGUGAUCGAUGAAGAGGAUGCCGAGGAUGUCCUAGUGGAACCGAGUGACGAGGAAGAAUACUGA